UUCAGGCGGCUGGACUCUGCUGGGCGAUAUAGUCUGGUACCCAAAUCUGAUGUUUGGGGAGCAGAUGCUGGUGCGGUUCGGAAGGCGCUCCGGACAAGCCAGGAAGGUGCUUGAAAUAAGGAAUUCUGGAGAAGAUGGAAUUUCCUACCCGCCUCUUUUACCUAGCAAGGUAGAUCUUCAGCAAGUGACCAUAAUUCCUCACAAUGAAUGGAAAAGAAUUCAGGAUAGCCUUGACGGUUUGACAAGAAAAGCAGCAGCUCUUCGUGCAGAAAGAAAGGCGAAGAAAGAUAUGCAUUUGCAAUCUCAAAAUGUAGUAAAACACUGGACUAACACAUAUGCAGGGAUGAGGGAGCAGAAACUUAAAGCCAAAAAGAAGCGUGAUGAAGAAAUUGAGGCAGAAAGACAAAUCAUUGAUCUGGACGAAGAAAUAUACAAACAAGGAGAAAGGAAAAAGGCCAUUGAAAAAGCAAAGCAAACUCAGUUGUAUCAGACAGAAAGAAUGAAAAACUUUCAUUCAGGACUGCUUCUCAGUAGAGUUGUAACUGAACGUGCAGCCCAGAUUGAAUUCCAAAAGAACAACAUAAAAUCAGAUAAAAAAUGGGAGGAACAAUUGAAACUCAAUGUUGAAAAAGCUUUUAAAGAAGAGCAAGAAAAAGUAGAAAAACAACGUAGAGAAAGAAUAGCUCUUGCCAAAGAUCACCUAAAACAAAUGAAGGAACGAAAAGAUGAAGAAGAAGAAAGGAGAAAAUGUGAAGAAAAAGAUGCCGAGGAAAUGAAGCGACAGAAUUUACUGUAUGAAAUAGAAAUUAAAAAAAAAGCAAUCAAGAGAAAAGAAGAGAUAGAUGAAAGCAGGAGACUAUUUUUGGAACAUAUGAAUGAUAAAAAUAUCAUUAAAGCUGUAGAACAACAGCAGCAGGAAGAGGAAGAUGAAAAGAUUAGAAAAAUGAUCAUAGCAAAAAAGCGCCUUAUACAAAUGCGACGAGACAAAGAAGCUGAAACGCACAGGCUAAUGGAAGAGCGGAGAAAAAGAAUAAAUAACUUCCUGAGUGAACUAAUGAAAAAGAAACUUGAUAAUGAAGAUUUGAUUUUUGCUAGAGAUAGUGUAGAAGCUGAGACUGAGUUGGAAAAAAGAGAAAAGGAAAAGAAGGAAAAAACUGAAGCAGAAAUAAAAGCAAUUGCAGAAUAUAGAGACACUGUGAUGAAAAACAAAGAGGAAGAAGAAAGACAACGAAAAAUAGAAUUCAAAGAGUACUUGGAGGCUGUCAAAAAAGCAGAUGAGAUUUAUUUGGAGCAGGAAAAAGAGAAAAAAAACAAAGCUAGUAAAAAACUCCAAGAUCUUCAAGAUGACCAUAUUCAACGAAUGGCUAAACGUAAGUUUAAUGCAAAACAAGCAAAAGAAGAAGAACUCAAUUACUACAGAUGUACCAAUGCUCUUAUGGCUGAAAAGGAGAAGGAUUUUCAGGAUUAUGCCAGAGAAGUGAUUAAAUUUGAAUCGGAAUCAGCAAAUAAAUGCAUUUAUCCUCUUGUAAAAGCUGUACAGGAAGGACCUGGAGGCGGCCAUGGACCACCUCUUAUGGAAAGAGGAGGAUUAAGACCAAGCUAUCAGGCAAAUGAUAUUACUGGAGUCCAGCUUCCUUUUUACAACUCUCAGGGAACAAAAUAUGAUUUUCAGAAAUCUAAGGGAAGGCUAGGUUUUACUUAUUUUUAAGAUUGACAGAAUUUAUUGUAGUAAA